CACCUCCCAUGAAUCCGACAUCACAUCACAUCACAUCACAUCACAUCCCCUCACCACCCCUCGCUGAAAAGUCAAUCUACCACCAAAAUGAGCUACAUCCUCACCCUCUCCUGCCCGGACCGCCCGGGCAUCGUCCACGCCGUGACCGCCUAUCUCGUCCAACAAAACCUCAACAUCAUCGACAGCAGCCAAUACGGCGACCCGACCAGCGAGCGCUUCUUCAUGCGCGUGCACUUCAAAGACGAGUCCAACCCGGGCCAAUCCCUCACGGAACUUCGCUCCGCCUUCGAACCCACCGCCACCUCCCUCUCCAUGGACUUCCAGCUCGUGACCGCCUCCACCAAGCCCCGGGUCCUAAUCAUGGUCUCCAAGAUCGGCCACUGCCUUAACGAUCUCCUCUUCCGGGCGUCGACCGGCCAACUCGCCAUCGAAAUCCCCCUCAUCGUGUCCAACCACCCGGAUUUCGCCACCCUGGCCGCAACAUACAACAUCCCGUUCUUGCAUCUCCCUGUGACGGCGGCCACCAAGCCCCAGCAGGAGGGACGGAUUCUGGAGCUCAUUCGCGAACAUAACAUUGAUCUUGUGGUGUUGGCGCGGUACAUGCAGGUGUUGUCGCCUACGUUGUGUGAGGCGAUGAGCGGGAAGAUUAUCAAUAUUCAUCAUAGCUUCUUGCCCAGUUUUAAGGGCGCGAAGCCGUAUCAUCAGGCGUUUGAUCGGGGUGUCAAGAUUGUGGGUGCUACGGCGCAUUUUGUCACGAGUGAUUUGGAUGAGGGUCCGAUUAUUGAGCAGAAUGUGGUGAGGGUGAAUCAUGCGAUGAGUCCGAAGGAGUUGACUCAUGCGGGUUCGAAUGUUGAGAGUAAUGUGUUGGCUACGGCGGUGAAGUAUUUUGCUGAGAGGAGGGUGUUGCUUAAUGGCCAUAAGACUGUCGUUUUUAACUAGAUGGUACAUAUAGGGUGGAAAUGGACUGACUGAGCGAGAGUAAGAUAUUGAUGGGGUGGAAUGAUAUCAUAUGCAUGCUACAAGCGGAUUCCUUCAAAUGGGUGGUAGUCUUCUUCUCCUGCCCAUUGGGCUUCGUGUAGG